AAGCCCCAAAAGGUAAUGCAUUCCUAUAUCCUAGUUGAUUCUGAUGUUAUUACGUCCUUCUCCUGUAGUUGAGAUGUCGUCAAGUUGUUAUUCCAGGUCGGGCGACAUACAAAUGAAAAUCGCGCACCACAUAUUAAGCCCCUUCCUUGCACGUCAGAGCCACCACAGAAACGGAGAGAAGACAACCUAACCUAAGAUUUGAUCCGCUCGCAUUUCUCUUCCAAUCACUAUCAUUGGUCAUACACCCUGCCGUGCAAACCAGCUGAAGCCAUACGAACCAUGUCUUCUCCAGUCCUCCACUCUGCGACUAGCGUCCUCCACAAAUUGAAUGAGCAGAGAUCCAGUCCAGAUACAGUGUCAGCCUGUCUCAUGGCCGUCUCUUCGUUGUCUGAGUCUGAGCGCGAGGCCCUGGUCAAGCUGCCUGCCAAGUACCAGGUCGUACCUACAGACAAGGAGGCAUUCACGACCGCGGCUGUGCAGGCACUGGCCUCAGCUUCAGAUGACUUGGACCAAGCGCUUGGGGAUGCUGCCAAUGGAGCCUCAGCUGCAGUCAAGGGCAUUAUUGAACUAAUGGUAGUGCUUCUCCUCAGACUGUCAUGGGCUGAUGCAAUGAACGGCACGCACCUCACUGAAGAGUAUGAACCGAUUUAUAGGCUCUACUGUGAGACUAUGAGGGAUGGGAUCCCACUUUCCAUCACUAUUGCUCAGUAUGCUGAAGACUUCGAUAACAAGAUCAUUGAACUCUGUGCGGAUAGUUCUCUCACUAUAGAUGAGCGCCUAUUGACAAUCCGAGACUACAUCAAGGAUGCGGAAAGACACCAGAUCACAGCCAAUGAGAUGCACAGCACCCUAGAGUCGAUAUUCGACAAAACUCUGGAUUUCGUAGUCCAACUUGGGAGCCAGUCACUACUGGAGCGAGACGCAAAUGACGAAAAAGAGGCAAAAACCUUUCCUGCACCGAGGUCAGCAAAGGCGGUCUUUUCAGCUGGCCCGCUCGAUGCAAAUAUCCCGGCACUCCGAGUCGCUUUGGAAUCACCGUUCGGGUCAUAUGUGACGAUUGCUGGCUUGCUUGGAAUCGCAAACCCCGAAGCGAUCAACGCGGCCUAUUCUUUAGCUGCAUCUAUGACCAGUAGGGAGCAUUUACCUAUCGAUACAGUCAUCUCCGACCUAGCCACACGAUCGGGAAGUGCAAUGGAUACGAACACGGACUAUUUCGACGAGUUUCGAGAGCAUAUUGAAGUCCUCGCUGGCUAUUGGCAAAGUACACUCGUCGAUGCGCGAAAAAUUGAGCUAUGGCUGGAGGAUGGUGCCUCGCUCGUAGUCAUGCCCACGUACAUGAACAUGGCAUUGAAUGAAGGGGCCAAGAUCUAUGUGGAAGUAGGCAAGUACUUGCGACUGUACGCCGAAGAGACUAGUCAAAUUCCUUGGGAUGAGUGGUUAAACGCCGAUGAGAGGAUCCAUAGUUGCGCAUAGGUGGUGUAGUCUUG